AUGGAUAGAAGUGUAGUUAAAUGGGUAAAACCAGAGGAAAGGACUGUGAAAGCAAAUUGGGAUGCAGCUAUGAAUGUUAGAAACAGAAAGGUGGGAAUUGGAGUGGCUGUUAGGGAUUCUACGGGAGAGGUGCUAGCGUGUCUUUGCUCCUGCUUUGAUAACAUCAGCAACCCAAGUGUGGCUGAAGCCGUGGGGUUAAGGAGGGCUGCGCUCCUGUGUGCUGAACUAGGAUUCUCAAAUGUCAUAUUAGAAGGGGAUUCUAAGGUGGUUGUAAAUGCAACAAUUAGUGGGGAGGAAAUUGAGGCUGAAUAUGGGAACAUUAUAGAGGAUGUUAGGAGAGUGAUUAAUGGAAGGCUGAAUUGGGGUAUACGGUUCAUAUAUAGAGAAGCAAAUUGUAUAGCACACAAACUAGCAAAGUUAGCAAUUAAUUCUUCUAAUGAGAGGGUGUGGAUAGAGGAUAGCCCAAUAGAAAUUAAGAAUGAUUUACUGAAGGAAAAGUAUUGUAAUGACUGA